AUGGCCAACGCACUUUUUGUCGGCUCUUCACCAAUAGAAGAGAGCUCGAUUAUACCAACUCGAAAAACCUCACGUGCUAAUUCAAAUGUCGCGCAACGAUCAGCAGACGCUACCGGAAUGGUUUCACUGUCGCACACACCUUCGGCUGUACACGCACCGUUUCUUGCCGAAAUGAUAGCUGAAGCUCGUGCCGGUCUGGCUGAAGGUGGAAUACCUAUUGGCAGUAUUCUUGUUCGAAACGGUCAAGUUGUUGCGCGCGGACAUAACCGUCGUGUUCAACGUAAAUCAGCAAUAUUACAUGCAGAAAUGGAUUGUCUCGAAUCCAUUGGUCGACAAACGGCAGCAUUCUAUAAGGAAUGCACGAUCUAUACGACUUUAUCUCCUUGUUCGAUGUGUUCGGGUGCCAUUCGUCUUUAUGGAAUUCCACGCGUAGUCAUUGGAGAAAAUAGAACGUUCUGUGGAGAUGAAGCAACACUUCGAGCGGAUCAUGUACAACUUGAAUUAUUGGAUUCGAAUGAAUGUCGAGAACUUCUCGAGGAUUUUAUCAGAAAAAAUCCGUCCAUUUGGAACGAAGAUAUCGGUAUUAUCGAAAAUUAA